UGUUGAGUCUUCACGGUUGUGACAGUCUGGAGGCCUGUAUUGUAAAAUCAUGGGCAGAUUGGAUGGCAAAGUUGUAGUCUUGUCUGCGGCUGCCCAGGGAAUCGGCAGAGCUGCUGCUUUGGCCUUUGCUAAGGAAGGAGCUCAAGUCAUUGCUACAGACGUCAAUGGAGGGAAACUGAAAGAACUGGACGGCACUCCAGGGAUCAAGACUAAAGUGGUGGAUGUAACCAAAAAAGACCAAGUAGAAGCGCUGGCUAAGGAGUUUGACCACGUUGAUGUCCUGUUCAAUGUGGCGGGGUUUGUGCAUCAUGGGACGAUUCUGGAUUGUGAGGAGGCUGACUGGGACUUCACCAUGAACCUGAAUGUGCGCAGCAUGUACCUCAUGAUCAAAGCCUUCCUACCCAAGAUGCUGGCUCGCAAAUCUGGAAAUAUCAUUAAUAUGUCAUCUGUGGCAUCAAGCAUCAAAGGUGUCGUGAACAGAUGUGUUUACAGCACAUCUAAAGCUGCCGUGAUUGGACUGACCAAGUCGGUGGCUGCAGAUUUCCUUGAACAAGGCAUCCGCUGCAACUGCAUCUGUCCAGGAACUGUUGAUACCCCAUCACUAAGAGAAAGAAUACAAGCCAGACCUGAUCCUGAACAGGCUUUUAAGGACUUCAUGGCGAGGCAGAAGAUAGGCAGGAUGUGCACAGCGGAUGAAGUGGCUCAACUGUGUGUCUAUCUGGCCUCAGAUGAGUCUUCAUAUGUAACAGGGGCUGAACACAUUAUUGAUGGAGGAUGGAGCCUCUAAAUGUCGAGCACCGCAAUGGACCGACACUGUCAAAUUUUGAAAAGAUAUGGGUAUCAUUUCUGUAAUUACACUGAUUGUGCAUUCGAUUUCACACUGCACAUAAAUAUGGUUCACAAUCCAUUGACAACAUUUGAUUUAUUUUGUUUAUAUAAACUGAUUGACCUUCAGUCUGAACAACAAAAAUCACAAUAAACGUUCCUUCAUUUACUUCCAAUUGAGAUCCUGGUAAAGGAUCUGUGUGUGUGGCAGAAAACAAUCCACACAGGGCACCUAUCUAUUUCUAUGUUUACUUACUUAAACCAACUGUUAAAAAAAACAUUUGCCAGCCUACAUUUUACAUGUUUUUGUGAGGUGGGAGAAAACCAGAAUACCCAGAGAUAUCCCUGCAGAUGUGGAAAGAUGAAGCUUGAACCUAAGUCCUUGAAACCCAUUUUGCUGUGUUGCACUCUCUUUACCAACUGCACGAGUGGGUUACUACACAUGGAGUUUUAUUCUACAGCCUACUGGGUAGAGCUUUGGGCUAUCAGUUGGAAGAUUGGCAGUUCAAAUCCAGGCUCUGCUAUGCAGCCACUGUUGGGUCAUUGAGCAAGGCCUUAACCCUGUCUGCUCCAGGGGCGCCGUACGAUGGCUGACCCUGUGCUCUGACAUAAAUGUUAUGUCUGUCUAUGAAUUUAAUAAUUCAACUUAGCAAUUUAAAAAUAUAUACUAUAAUUACGGAUAAAUAAUCUGUCCAUAGUCAGUUGAGCUUUACAUUGCCAUAGGUUUGGAGUCUGUCAUGUAUAAAAAAAGCACAUGCUUUUUCUUUGUCCAUGUGACCACCAAACUUCAGUUAAGCCUUAAGGUGCAGUGUUUUCAAUCAGGGGGUUCAGUCUGGUGCAGCAACCUCUAAGACCAUGGUACCGUAAAGCUUGCUUGACUCCGGACAUUAAAUUCAUGCCAGACCUGUUUUUUUUUUAUUGAUUUGUACAUUACCUCUGGCCAUCUGGACAAACUUGCUUUUGGGUUUUCUUUCUAGCCUUGUUACUUAUAUAUCUGUCAUAGAUAUCUGUUGUUUGCCCCAGUCAUGAGUGUUGUUUGAAGUAUUAGGCUUUUCUUUUAAAAAGGAAAAAAAAGCCCAGGCCCCAUAAACCACACAUUAAAUGCUUAUCAGUAAUCCAAACCAAUGUCACUAGAAAAUCAUUCAUCUAAUUGAGUAGUUCACUAAUUACUUCACUAAUUAUGUUUAACUAAGAUUAAAGCAUUAAUAUUGUUUUUGUUUGUAGUGUUAACUUUAAAUGCAUUACAUACUGUAUGUGAUUUAUAUGACAUAAGAACUCAUCGUGUUCUUUAUAAAUCAUGUUUAAAUGUCA